CCUUUUUUGAGAUUUGAAUUUCCCCCAGCAAAGCAAGAGAGGCAAAAUACCCGGAUGGUGAUCGCUGGCCUUUUCGCGCCAAUACUGUAAGUUCUCACAACAAUCUUGAGAGGAAGAAGGCAGAACGGGCCUCCACUGGUGCCAACCAAUCAGCAGAACCGCUGCCUUCUUCGGGGCCGCUACCUCCACUGGGGCAAGGUCGCAGCAUCUGCGUCGGAAAUCACGGGGACUUCUUCCUGCUGGCUCAGCUGGGAGGCUGAGGAGUGUUUUGCAAAAAAAGAAAAAAAAAAAGAAACCGUUUAUCCGAAUUCUGAAAUAACAGCCAAGGCGGCUGCUUUGUGAAGCUCUCCAUCCUGGGGCCACACCUAGGGUUCCAGAUGAAGCCUGAGUCGGGGCAGGCCCUCUUCCACGUGGCCCUGGUCAGCUGCCUCUGCGUGGCCACCGUCCACACUGGUAUUUUUGAACGUGUCUCUGUCCAAGUGGGCUAUGAGCACUACGCAGAAGCCCCAGUCACCAGCCUCCCUGCCUUCCUGGCCAUGCCCUUCAACUCCCUCAUUAACAUGGCCUACGUUUUCCUGGGGGUGUACUGGCUGCGGAGCCAGGCCUGUGCCCCGGGAGGCCUCGCAGAGAGGCAGAGGGCUCGCUACCUGAAGGACGUCUUCGCAGGCAUGGCCCUGGUCUAUGGCCCAGUCCAGUGGCUGCACAUCGGGAUGCAGACACGGCCCACUGCUGUGCUGGACCAGUGGCUCACCUUACCUAUCUUCGCAUGGCCAGUGGCCUGGUGCCUCUGCCUGGACAGGGGCUGGAAGCCCUGGCUUUUCCUGGCUGUCGAGGGCCUCUCCCUGUGCAGUUACAGCCUGGCCCUGCUGCACCCCCGUGGGUUUGAGUUGGCGCUGGGCCUGCACAUUGCAGCUGCCGUGGGCCAGGCCCUGCACACCCAGGGGUGCCACGGCGACACUUCCUCGGGAACUUACUUGGCUCUGGGCGUGCUCUCCUGCCUCGGCUUUGUGGUCCUCAAGCUUUAUGACCAUGAGCUCACGCAGUGGCGUCUCUUCCAGCAGCUCACAGGCCACUUCUGGUCCAAAGUCUGUGACGUGCUUCAGUUCCACUUUGCCUUCCUGUUCCUAACCCACUUACACACCUGCCGAAGAUGCCCGCCUAUGGAGAAGAUGCGUUCAAGUGUGGGAAGAAGGGGCUUAUGACCACCAACCCCCUCCCCAACAUCUACAUGCACUGACCGAUGGCAUUCUGUCAUCAGUGCUCAGUGUCCUGGGUGUGAUGACAGGGUGAUGACACAGAAGGCUGUCCCUGCCUUUGAAGUUACAGGCUUCAGUAUUAUGAAUAUGAGCAUUUGAUUUUAUGAAAUGUUAUGCUUUCUGCAACUUACUUUCAAAGGCUUGGAGCGAAUAUCUAGGGGCCGGGGAUGUAGGGGUCAUUGUACUAGUCUUGUAAUUUUUCUGUGGUUUGAAACUUUUCAAAAUAAAAUGUUGGGGGGAAGUGACCCCCAAGAAAUCCAUCACACUCACA